AUGGUGGAUUGGCCGCAUGGCUUUUACUUGGAAGCUCGAGACGGCCUCGUAACUGCUACGUUACAUGAAGACAACGGCAGGGCAACAGUCCAAAUCCUACCUAUCUGGACUUAUGGUAGUACGGGAGCCUGGAGAGACGCCGCGGAGACCAUACCUAAAUCUGCAGAAUUCUGCGCUUCGCACCUCUCCAUCAUGAACCGGGACCGAGUCGAUGAUCGAGAACGAUAUGAAGCAGAUAUCAGAGAAGAGCUGGCGCGGAAUCCGAACUCCACCCAGACGAUCUCACGCGGUAUCGAGCAUCCAACUCCCAACGGCCAUCCCUACGCGCCAAUGGACUGCGUCGCUGUUGUUGAUCGACUCCAUCCGUACGACCCGAAGCGCAAUUCUGUGAUCAGGUUCUCCAUGAGUAUCACUGUGGACUUGGAUGAACGGGUGCGUCGGCAUUCUACACUGGAGCCUGAGAGUAGGAUCCGUACCCGAGACAUCUACUGGAAAUGGCUCAUUAUCAGCAUGAUGGAUCCUCUAGAGCGCCGUACAGCUGACUAUGGCCCGUAUACGUGGCUUAGAGGAAUGGAUCCAAGCUAUACCGGGUCGCUACACACACCUGAAAUCGGCACCACCAACGCUGCACCUCCACAGAUGCCGACAGUACCUCAGCAGAACGGGGCAUCGCCGCCUUCUACCGGUCUAGCUACGGUGGCUACACCUCAUCAGAUGUCAAUGGUACCCCAUCAGAAUGUAGCCCCACCACGUCCUACUGGUACUUUGGGUUCUACUCAGCAGGUGUCGACAAUGACUAAUCAGAACGGAACCCUGCCAUAUCCUAACAAUAUCAUAAACGCUGCACCUCCACAGGUGCCGGCAAUACCCCAGCAAAAUGGAACUAUGCCACCUCCACCGUCGGCGAAGCGCAAGGCUGACGAUACAGAGGCAGCGUCGUCUGUAAAGACCCAACAGCAGGCCGCAACGGGAAAUCAUAUCGCAAAAGAAGAAGAAGACAACUUCGGUGCACAAGCUGCUGACUCAACCGCACCACUGGAGCCAGCACAAAAGCGACAGAAGACCACAAUCGGCGCCGAGGACAAAGCCGAUGUUGAUGUCGGGCCUAAGCCUGACGACGCAGACCGCAAAUAA